AUGGACAAGGUUGUCGGCAUACUAGGCGGUGGUCAGCUUGGCCGCAUGUUGGCGCAGGCCGCCUCGGUAUUGAACAUCGACAUAGUUGUGCUUGAUGUUGGUGAACACGGCCCCGCGAAGCAGGUCGUCGCGCCCAAGUCGCCUCGCCUCGCUCACAUAGACGGAUCCUUCACCGAUGCGGCCAAGAUCCGCGAGCUUGCAGCAAAAGUGGAUGUCCUCACCGUCGAGAUCGAGCAUGUGGACGUCAACGUGCUUGACGAGGUCCAGGAUUCUCUUCCGCUCGGUGUGCAUCCCAGCCCGUCUACAAUCAAAGUUAUUCAGGACAAGUUUGCGCAGAAGCAUCAUCUCGCAGCGCACGGAUGCCCGCUCGGCGAGUUUGUAUCCGUCGAUGCAACUUCUGAGUCCAUCAUAUCGGCCAUCAAGAAGCUGGGGCUACCAUUGAUGUUGAAGAGCCGGACUCUCGCUUACGAUGGCAGGGGCAACUUUGUCAUUCGGGAUGCCAACCAAAUCGAGGACGCUAUUGGCGCGCUCGGCAACAGGCCGCUAUACGCAGAGAAAUGGGUUCCUUUCGUCAAGGAAAUUGCAGUCAUGGUUGUGCGUUCAACGACCGGCGAGGUGCGCUCCUAUCCGGCCGUUGAGACCGUGCACAAGGAGAACAUCUGUCACCUUGUUUUUGCCCCCUUCCGGAGCCGCGAUCCCACUAUCGCUGAUCGCGCACGCGCUGUCGCGGAGGCCGCAGUGAAGGCUCUGCAUGGUGCAGGUGUCUUCGGGGUCGAGAUGUUCCUUCUGGCAGACGGUUCGGUCUACGUGAACGAGAUUGCUCCUCGCCCUCACAACUCGGGACAUUACACGAUUGAAGCCUGUGAAACGUCGCAGUACGAAAACCAUCUCCGUGCCAUCCUCUCGCUUCCGCUGGGUUCGACCGCGCUGAAGGUCCCCUGCGCCGUAAUGCUCAACCUAAUCGGCGCAUCGAGCGACAUGGAGGAGAUUACAUCCGUUGCGCAACGUGCGCUUGCCGUCCCAGGCGCGAGCGUGCAUCUCUAUGGCAAAUCAGAGUGCCGGAAGGGUCGCAAGAUGGGGCACAUCACCAUCGUUGCCGACUCGGACGCCGCGCUCCGCACGCGGCUGCGCCCGCUCCUUGAAUGCCUUCCUGCGCCGAGCGAUGAUGCUGAGCUCGGGCAGUACGCGCCACUGCCACCCUCGCCAGGAUCGGGUCGCUCAUACCGGGAUCCGCUGGUUGGCAUUAUCAUGGGCUCGGACUCUGAUCUGCCCGUCAUGCUUCCCGCUGCGCGCAUCCUGGACCGCUUCGGUGUCCCUUACGAGCUGACGAUUGUGUCUGCGCACCGAACGCCCGAGCGCCUUGUCGAGUAUGCGCGGUCGGCUGCGUCAAGGGGUCUGCGCACAAUCAUCGCGGGCGCAGGAGGCGCGGCGCACCUGCCUGGAAUGGUUGCCGCGAUGACGGCACUCCCAGUGAUUGGCGUGCCAGUGAAGGGCAGCUCGUUGGACGGCGUGGAUUCGCUGUAUAGCAUCGUGCAGAUGCCGCGAGGUAUCCCUGUCGCGACCGUGGCUAUCAACAAUGGGAUGAAUGCGGGGUUGCUCGCCGUGCGAAUACUGGGUGCCGGUAUGCCACAUCUCGUUGGCGCGAUGGAUGCAUACCUGAAAAGCCUCGAGAGCGAGGUGCUUGUGAAAGUAGACAACCUCGAAGUGAUUGGCUGGGAGAAGUACGAGGUUAAACGUUAA